AUGCGCUUCCUCUACUUUCUCACACUCCUCUGCGUCUUUGAGGGCGUAUUGUCGGGAAGUACCAGGCCGGCUCCAAGAAGAAGCAGUCGGCUUAAUGCGAACCAGGGCACUAGAAAAAGCAGCGCGACUCAGGCCAGCAGCGGGACCAACAAGCUCGCCAGCAGCGGCGUUCUGCCAAAAUAUCGCUCUAACGCGGGCGUCAAGAAGAGUGGGGGACAGUACGGCAGGGAGAUUGCACCACCACGGCGCCAGACAUCCCCCGGCGGCACCGAAAGGGUCAUCGAGACGUAUGAUGGAAACAAGAUUCCGGGACACACGCAGGCCAAAUAUGAUGCUAUUAACCAAAUCCCAGAGCUGGCUGUUAACAAGGUGGGCUCCGGUGGGCAUCGAGAUGCCGCCAUCGGGGACCUGCCCAAAAAGAAGAACAUGAAUGUUGACGAGACGCCUAGGAACAAGCUCGAACCCACAAAACUGCCCUCGGGCAUGUCCCGCCAGGACGCAACUUUUAGGAACUACCUGCCAGCCAGCGAGGGGAAGAGUGAGGGCGGAAUCUCCACUCAGACCUCUGUGAAUAGCAAAAACAUACAAAAGGAGAAGGGGAGUAAGCCCGAGGUUAUCGUUAACCCCAUCAACGUACCCAACCCUUGGGCUGACAAAAAGGGAGGCCCCUCCGGCGGCUCGUCUUCUUCCUCGUCCAGGAGGAUCAAGCGUAGGUCGAUAGUCGCACCCGGUUAUCAGCCCGAUGUUGCUGUAGCGAUGGCCUGA